AUGUUAAAUAUCAAGCAAGCAGGUCGAGGCUUUCUUAUCCUUAACGCCAUUCGCGUCAUGAAUAUAAUAGCACUCCUCGAUGUUAUCGCAGCCAGCUGGAUUAUGCUCGUCAUGACCGUCAAAACCUCUAAUUUCUACUUCUUCGACGGCGUCUCUCAUUUCAUAACCAGCAGCAUCGGUAUCUUCCUCAUUGUCUCCGAACUGUCACUCUUCAAAAAAUACUUUGAAACCUUCUGGCCCCUUCUCUGUCCCCACAAUGGCUUUCUUUUUCUCGGUCUUUCCAUGUUAGCCCUAGGUUUUAACAUCCUUGGAAACUUGAAUAAGAACGCUACAUCUGUUCAAAACUUAGGUUUACCUAUGUGGCGUGUAGUUAUCUCUUCUGGGUGUCUUUCGGCUAUUUUGGGGGCCAUUAACUGUAUUGCUUCCCUAGUCUUCACAACCAAAGACAAAACCGCCCGUCAAAUCCGCAGUCACGGCGCCACCACUCCCCCAAACCCCUACGAAAAACGCCUUUCCCUCCCCGCCUCCCUCAACCAAGAUCUUCCCUCCUACUACAGCAAUCCCGCCGAACGUCGUAAAUCACGUUUCCCAUUCCGUCUCCCUCUCCGCAGUUCCCUCAUUUCCAAACCCGUUAUUUCAGAACCUAAACCUUUCCAUCCUGAUUUAGAAGAGGGACACAGCUACGAUCAUCAAACUCCCCCAGCAAACGACAGAUCUUCACCUAUUGUUCCCGGUGUGGAAAGACCACCCACAGCUAUGCAUCCUGCGCAUUUGAGACCGCCUCCGGCUCCUAGGAGUAGCGUUUAUAGUGUUGCGAGUAACGUCACGAGGUUUACUAGAAUCUAG